UAAUCAAACAGCUACUUACGUAGGAACAUUCAUCUUUCUGUUGUACUACAUGAUAGGAUAUCAACAACCCACCUUCUGGAAGAUCUCACACACAACCUUGAUUGAUCCUUAAGAAAACUCUGAAGAUUACACUUAGAUCUCCCAGAAAUCCCAGUUAUUUCCCCUGGCUUUGUUUCCUCCAAGCAACCUGGAACCUCCAAUUCUGUGAGCUCAUUUGACAAUGGGCAGUGAGUGCAGUCAGAGUAAAAGGCACUAUGACAUUAGCAUGUCCAAGAGAACUAGAAAGCCCAUUAAGCUUGAGGAUACUGAUGAUCCAAAGGACACAUCAAGGAGUUCUCCCAAAGGAGUUGAUGAGAAGGAAGAUGGCACCAAUCCUAGAAGCUUGAAGGAACCCAUGAAGCCUGUUGAAGGAGGUGAUGAGCAGAGGAUGGAAAUGGGUUCUCCCCAAAGUGAGAAUCAUUCUACAGGCAGUAGUGAAGAUGUAAGUGAUCAUAAAAGCUUGAAGCUGAAGGAACUGAUGAUCAAUGUAGAAGGAGAUGAGAAGAAUGGUAACAAUUCUCUUGGUCACCAUUUCAUAGAAGAAGAGAAGCAGCUUCAGUUGGUGACCAAACAGAAGGGAGAUCGUCCAGAAGGAUUCAAGAUGAGAGGGAUUGUAAGUCGAUAUGUCAAAGUCUUGAGCCAUUUGAUCAGGGUUAAAGGUGACCGGCGUUUGGGUUCCCGGAAAAAACCCAUUCUCCGGUUAACAAUGUAGGAUUUAAUCAUCCUUGGAUCUUCAUUCUCUUCACUGGGUUUGUACACAUUUUAUUGUUAUUAUUAUUAUUAUUA